AUGGUUCAACCGUCUUUCACCGGUUCAUCCAUAUUCUUCUUGAAUGCCCAACAUGUCCAACUUGUCAUAGUUGACACUUGGUCAUGCAUCUCAACUGUUGCAAAGGAUUUCCUCAGGAUUCAGCGUGCGGGAACUCGUGUUGCCCACGGCCGGAUGACUAAUCGCAGUAACAACCUCAAAGCUCAACUCUCCACCACUCUUCUCGCCUUCUUCUAUGUCUCACCAUCUACACGAGCUUAUUUGCACUGGAAUGCUGUCAAAUGCAUGCCAGAUCUUUGCUUUUACGAUGAUGACUUGCCGGCCACCCUCUUUUUUUUGUUGGCCCAGCUGUCUCCUCGCCACAGCCUGUCCACCAUCCUCCUAGACAGGUUGUCACCUUCAGUAAGGCCGGGAUGCCUUCCCCCCAUGGAACAGGAAGAUACACAGACAUACCCACGUUUUGGUGCAACAUCUUAUUCGAUACCGAGAUCUCUUGCAGAUGCCUUGAGUUAUAAUUAA